GGUAGCGUUACCCUGCAGCGCCUGAACCGGGAUCCGGGGCCGCCGAAGGCCGGCCUCCUGCCGCAGAGCGCCGGGGGCUCCCCGGCCCGGCCCGGCCUCCUCCCCGGCUUCCUCCCGGCCCCGCCCCUACCGCCGCCACCGUCGCUUGUUGAUGUUUCACUUUGUUUUAAUUCCCCGGUCGCAAGAUGGAGGCGGCGCUGGGACGGCGAGGGCUGCUGCUGCUGCUGUCGCCGCUGCUGGCCGCCGCGCUGCUGGGCCCGGCCGCGCCGCUGGGACAGGAAACAAUCAGAGUGGAUGUUAUGAUGCUGAAAUCCAGUGGAGAAUUUCACAAAGGACAGGUUGUUUUUAAUAUCAGCUAUGCUAAUGGGCAGGUGUAUCUGAAUGAUUUUCCUAUGAAGAGCGGGGUUGCCCACGUAACGUGUCAAACGGUAAUAUUGGAGAACGGCAGCUUGGGGAACUCAGCAGAUCAGCAGCGCCUGGGAACCGUCAGCGUUCGCAUCAUGGUUCACGAGUGGCCUUUGGCAUCCAGCUCUGAUUUGCAGCUGAUUGUCAUUCAGGAGGAAGUGACAGAAAUUGAUGGAAAACAGGUUCAGCAGGAAGAAGUAACAGAAAUAGAUAUUUUAGUAAAGGACCUGAGAGUACUUAGACAUUCAAACUACACUGUCCCUUUGAAAGAGAGCAUGCUGUAUUCCAUCCCGAGGGACAACGACAUCUUAUUUACUCUUCCCAACCUCUCAGGAAAAGAUAUUCAAGAUCCACUGCAAACUACCAGUCAGUACCUGCUCCGGCAAGCAGAAACUACAGUAGACGAAGAGGCAUUACCUGGAAAGUUACCAGAGACCCCUCUUAGGGUAGAGCCUCCGUCUUCUUACAAGGUGAUGUGCCAGUGGGUGGAAGACUUGAGAAAAGGGUUGUGCAGAUUCUGGUUUCGAUCUUUACCCAUCUUCUUUAGUUUGAUGGAAGUCAUUGUAGUUGGAGUCGUUGGAGCAGCUCUUAUUCUCAAAGUCUUAAAAGUGAUUUUCCCUUCCUGUGAAAACAAAGGCAUCCUUCUCCUGGACCAAGUCAGCUAUGUCCCUGUGAUUACCAUCAGCUUGCCUUCAGAUCUUCCAGAAAGGAAAACCAAUUUAGAUGAGAAAGCAUGCACUUAAUACUGUGGUUACUCUGGAGUUCCUGUUUAUUAAAAACAAAUUUUUAGUUGACCUGAAAUUUGGCACUUGAUCUUAAUACCUUGUUUGUUUCCUACUAAGAAAACUAAGUCAGUUGAUGAAUUGGUAAAGGGAUACUCAGGCCGAGGCCCAAAGCUGACUUCCCCGUGCCUCUGCAUAAACAUGACCGUGCAGCCUUUGCAGAAGCUUCAAAAUAAAGCAGCUUUCCACCCUGA